AUGGCUCCGGCUCUCACAGGCUCACUGCCCUUAGCACCGCAUCAUCUCGCCUCAUCCGCGCCACAAGACAUCUUUCCCGAUGGACUGAAGACGACUGGUCAGCACCCUCCACUAUACGAACAUAUCGUCCCAUUCGAUCAGUUUCCUCGCCAAAUCACCGGUCCCACGGUCUGGAAAGCGGAAGAGUAUCGCGACCAUCCUGAGAAAUGGACUCACACUUUCACGGAAGAUCAAGUGGAAGAGUUGAGCGCGGCAGCUGAUGCCUUUCUUACGUCCAAGACUCCUCUCACGGGGAUCAGCAAGUCCAAUUUCAUCCUUCCCCAACUGUCCCAAUACCUGGCCACGCUCCGCAAGGAUAUCAUUGAUGGAAAAGGGUUCAUCUUAUUCAAAGGAUUCCCGGUUAAGAAAUGGGGGAACCACAAAUCAGCGGUGGCAUAUAUGGGUCUGGGCACCUAUCUGGGUUACUUUGUAAGCCAAAAUAGCCGUGGCCACGUCCUCGGUCACGUCAAAGAUCUGGGCGAGGAUUCAACCCAGAUUGACAAAGUGCGCAUUUAUCGCACGAAUGCUCGCCAAUACUUCCACGCGGACGACUCCGACAUCGUCGGCCUCCUCUGUAUCGCCAAAGCUCUCGAGGGCGGCGAAUCCGACAUCGUCUCCUCCCACCACGUCUACAACACACUUGCCAUUGAGCGGCCCGACGUCCUCAAGACACUCACCCAGCCAAUCUGGUACUUUGAUCGUAAAGGCGAAACCAGCAAGGGCCAAGAAGAGUAUAUUCGCACAAGUGUGAUCUACCUCGAGCGCGGCGCCAAUGGUCGAGUCUACACGAAAUGGGAUCCGUAUUACGUCCGCUCGUUGACGCGCUUCUCGGAUGCGGGAAUUAUUCCCGCUUUAUCGGACGCGCAGCAGGAAGCUUUGAAGGUUUUGGAGGAGACGUGCACCCGUCUGUCUUUGCAUAUGGUUCUUGAUGUGGGAGAUAUUCAGUUCUUGGCUAAUUCACAUAUUCUCCAUGCGCGGACUGCGUACACGGAUCAUGCGCCGCCGGCGCCGCGACGUCAUUUGAUGAGGCUGUGGUUGGCAACGCCGGAGAGUGAGGGCGGUUGGAAGUUGCCGUUUUGGGAUAGUAAUGAGAAGAAGAGAGGGGGCAUUCAAGUGGAUGACCAGGCACCUGUUGCUCCGUUGGAUGCGGAGUAA